AUGUCGAGAGAAAAGCGACCCGCCAACGAGGCUUUCGGCACGAGCCAGCUGGUCAAGCGCACCAAGUCGGACGCGAAUCUGGGAAGCUCUGCAGUAGCCGUCGUGAAUGGCUCGGGCGCAAAUGGCGCGCUGAUACAAGCGGGCCCGCGUACCAGCGCGCUGCAGUCGCCGGUUAUGGAGUUGACGGGCCAUUCUGGGGAGAUCUUCGCCGCGCGCUUCGAUCCGACAGGACAGUACAUAGCUUCGGGCUCCAUGGACCGCUCUAUAUUACUCUGGCGCAGCUCUGGAUCAUGCGAAAACUACGGCAUUCUCACUGGACACAAGCAGGCAGUCCUGGAUCUGCACUGGUCGCGCGACUCCAAGGUUCUCUUCUCCGCCUCGGCAGACAUGCACCUAGCAAGUUGGGACGUGGAGACAGGAGAGAGGAUACGAAGACACCCAGGGCACGAGGAGGUUAUCAACUGCAUGGACGUGAGCAAGCGCGGUGAAGAGAUGCUCGUGAGCGGGUCCGACGACGGCUACAUCGGGAUCUGGGACACGAGAACGAAAGACGCCGUAACAUUCAUCCCCACCGACUUCCCCAUAACCGCUAUAUGCCUGGCCGAAGCCGGCAACGAGCUCUUCACCGGCGGCAUCGACAACGACAUCAAAGUCUGGGAUCUGCGGAAACAAGCCGUCACAUACACACUCCUCGGUCACACCGACACCGUCACUUCGCUCCAAAUGUCUCCAGACAACCAAACCCUCCUCUCCAACGCACACGACUCGACCGUCAGAACAUGGGACGUGAGACCCUUUGCGCCUGCAGACAGGCGCAUCCAAACAUACGACGGAGCCCCCACGGGUCAAGAGCGCAACCUGCUAAAGGCGAGUUGGGACUCCAAGGGCGAGAAGAUCGCAGCCGGUAGCGGAGACCAGAGCGUAGCCGUUUGGGAAACCCGAACAGGAAAGCUACUGCAUAAGCUUCCCGGCCAUCGAGGUGCCGUCAACGACGUGCGGUUCCACCCGCUCGGUGAACCAAUUUGUAAGUACCCUACAUCGCCUUUUGCAUUCGUCCCUCUACCUGUUCUCCGCCCCGGACCCCGCGCUACGCUUCAGCUUUCUGACCGGAUGGCGGUCGUGGCGGAUUGGGUUUGGAGAACGAGCGAACAAUUUCGAUUGUUAGCGCUUGAGGCGGAUAGGAGAAUAGUCCUUCGCAUUGACACUCUUCACCGCUGA